UGCCGCUCAAUUGUAGACAUGCCAGUCCAUGGAACGCUCUGAGACCGGCAUCAAACACGCAGUCGCGGCAGUUUCCGCUCCGGAAGCUGGUUGCAGAUGAAUGAGCAAGAUGUUGACACAUACAUUGUGCGAGAGCUGGAUCCGAUCAUCCAAGAGAUGGUGCUGCAGAUUUUGAAUUCCAGGCCUUCAAAGCCGCUGGAUUUUCUCAUUGGCUGGCUUUCCAAGAAGACUGGCAGGAGGGGCAACAAUGCCAUGUCCGCAACAGCACUAAAUCAUAAUCUCAGAUUGGAGCUUGCCAAGUUGGAGCUGAUGGAAGCUGAACUUCGCGCAUCUCAAACAGCAACUGCGUCCACAAAGCGUAUGAAGGACGAUGACAGCGAUGAAGACGAGAGCGAUUCUGAUGCUGAAGAGCCUGUUCCCGUGAGUCCACGGCUGCUAUCAAAAGCGAGGAAAUCUGUGAGCGCAGAAGUGUACGGUGCUUGGAAUCGGCAGCAAGCGUUUGUUCCCCCGCAGCAUCCCAAAACGGCCGACCAAGAGAUGCGAUUGAGGGGCAUUCUUUCGAGGUCUAUUCUGUUUGCAGCAUUGGAUUCGAAGGACUUGGACAUCAUAGUAUUGGCCAUGCAGAAAUGUACAUUUAGACCUGGUGAGCGUAUCAUUCAGCAGGGCGAUGAUGGAGACUGCCUUUACGUGAUUGAGGAAGGUUCUUUGGAUUGCAAAGUCCAGAGUAACGGGACUGAACGCGUUGUGAAGAGAUGCAUGCCAGGGGACGUGUUUGGAGAGUUAGCACUGCUGUACAACUGUCCACGUGCAGCGAGCGUCGAUUCUGUAGAUGUCAGUACAGCAUGGCGGCUCGACCGCACGACCUUCAACCACGUGGCAAGGGAUGCAGCUUUGAAGAAGAGCUCGAAGUACGAUGCUUUCCUGCGCAAGGUCAGCCUAUUUUCAUCUCUGAACGAGCAUCAGCGUGCUCAGGUAGCCGAUUCUUUGAGAGCUGAGAAGGCCCUGAAAGAUGACGUUGUGGUCAGACAAGGUGAAGAAGGUGACAAGUUUUACAUUGUUGAGGAGGGUACUCUAGUGGCCCUCAAGAAUUCAACAAAUGGGCCGCCCAAGAAAGUCAUGCAGUUCUCAGCUGGUGACUAUUUCGGAGAGCUUGCCAUGUUGAAGGACCAGCCUCGCGCAGCAACAAUCCAAGUGACCAGUGCGUCAGCCUCCAUUCUGUCCAUGGACCGUGACACCUUUAAGCGGCUGUUGGGGCCUUUGGAGACUUUGAUGGCAAGACGUGCGAAGCAGUACACUGAAGACAAAGCUGAAGCUGCUGCAAAGCUAGCUGCGAAGGUUUCCUUCAGUGACGAUGAAGACGAGAGCGAUUCUGAUGCUGAAGAGCCUGUUCCCGUGAGUCCACGGCUGCUAUCAAAAGCGAGGAAAUCUGUGAGCGCAGAAGUGUACGGUGCUUGGAAUCAGCAGCAAGCGUUUGUUCCCCCGCAGCAUCCCAAAACGGCCGACCAAGAGAUGCGAUUGAGGGGCAUUCUUUCGAGGUCUAUUCUGUUUGCAGCAUUGGAUUCGAAGGACUUGGACAUCAUAGUAUUGGCCAUGCAGAAAUGUACAUUUAAACCUGGUGAGCGUAUCAUUCAGCAGGGCGAUGAUGGAGACUGCCUUUACGUGAUUGAGGAAGGUUCUUUGGAUUGCAAAGUCCAGAGUAAUGGGACUGAACGCGUUGUGAAGAGAUGCAUGCCAGGGGACGUGUUUGGAGAGUUAGCACUGCUGUACAACUGUCCACGUGCAGCGAGCGUCGAUUCUGUAGAUGUCAGCACAGCAUGGCGGCUCGACCGCACGACCUUCAACCACGUGGCAAGGGAUGCAGCUUUGAAGAAGAGCUCGAAGUACGAUGCUUUCCUGCGCAAGGUCAGCCUAUUUUCAUCUCUGAACGAGCAUCAGCGUGCUCAGGUAGCCGAUUCUUUGAGAGCUGAGAAGGCCCUGAAAGAUGACGUUGUGGUCAGACAAGGUGAAGAAGGUGACAAGUUUUACAUUGUUGAGGAGGGUACUCUAGUGGCCCUCAAGAAUUCAACAAAUGGGCCGCCCAAGAAAGUCAUGCAGUUCUCAGCUGGUGACUAUUUCGGAGAGCUUGCCAUGUUGAAGGACCAGCCUCGCGCAGCAACAAUCCAAGUGACCAGUGCGUCAGCCUCCAUUCUGUCCAUGGACCGUGACACCUUUAAGCGGCUGUUGGGGCCUUUGGAGACUUUGAUGGCAAGACGUGCGAAGCAGUACACUGAAGACAAAGCUGAAGCUGCUGCAAAGCUAGCUGCGAAGGUUUCCUUCAGUGACGAUGAAGACGAGAGCGAUUCUGAUGCUGAAGAGCCUGUUCCCGUGAGUCCACGGCUGCUAUCAAAAGCGAGGAAAUCUGUGAGCGCAGAAGUGUACGGUGCUUGGAAUCAGCAGCAAGCGUUUGUUCCCCCGCAGCAUCCCAAAACGGCCGACCAAGAGAUGCGAUUGAGGGGCAUUCUUUCGAGGUCUAUUCUGUUUGCAGCAUUGGAUUCGAAGGACUUGGACAUCAUAGUAUUGGCCAUGCAGAAAUGUACAUUUAAACCUGGUGAGCGUAUCAUUCAGCAGGGCGAUGAUGGAGACUGCCUUUACGUGAUUGAGGAAGGUUCUUUGGAUUGCAAAGUCCAGAGUAACGGGACUGAACGCGUUGUGAAGAGAUGCAUGCCAGGGGACGUGUUUGGAGAGUUAGCACUGCUGUACAACUGUCCACGUGCAGCGAGCGUCGAUUCUGUAGAUGUCAGUACAGCAUGGCGGCUCGACCGCACGACCUUCAACCACGUGGCAAGGGAUGCAGCUUUGAAGAAGAGCUCGAAGUACGAUGCUUUCCUGCGCAAGGUCAGCCUAUUUUCAUCUCUGAACGAGCAUCAGCGUGCUCAGGUAGCCGAUUCUUUGAGAGCUGAGAAGGCCCUGAAAGAUGACGUUGUGGUCAGACAAGGUGAAGAAGGUGACAAGUUUUACAUUGUUGAGGAGGGUACUCUAGUGGCCCUCAAGCAUUCAACAAAUGGGCCGCCCAAGAAAGUCAUGCAGUUCUCAGCUGGUGACUAUUUCGGAGAGCUUGCCAUGUUGAAGGACCAGCCUCGCGCAGCAACAAUCCAAGUGACCAGUGCGUCAGCCUCCAUUCUGUCCAUGGACCGUGACACCUUUAAGCGGCUGUUGGGGCCUUUGGAGAGUUUGAUGACCCAACGCUCUUCGUUGUACAAAUGAGUUCAACAACACUCAAGAGUGUGGCUUUGCGUUUCAGUGUUUGGCAGUGGACGCCAAAGUUUGCGGCCAACUGUUCCACACCAAGCUGAUCAGACCAUUGCUUGAUGAGAAACAUGAGCACCAUGGCAAGACACCAGCAGUAGGGUGGGGCC